ACUGGAAAAAAAAAAAAAAAAACCAGAGCUUGGCUCGUCUUCAAGAAACAGAGAAUUUGAAAAAAAAAAAAAAAUAAUUCUGAAAGCGAAACAUUGAACUGCAAAGCCUCUCUGUUUCAUCCUUGUAAGCUUCUAUUUUUUUUCUCUUCUUAUGUUCUUUCACGACAUUUUCAUAUCUAUAAUCUUGUUAUUGAGAUUUACGCAUUGCCUAGCUAGUUUUUGAAAAGAAAAUCAAAAUCACAAGGAAGAAAAGUUAUGGCCUUUGAUUUUGUUUAAUCAUUUUUCAGUUAGAGAUUUGCUUGAUGUAUGUUUAGUUUAAAAAUUGUGGGUUGGUUCAGGGUUUGAUUGUGGAACUAGGGUUUUGAAGUUUUGGUUCAGAGUAAGCUACUUUCAUUGUUUAAGCUUAGUUUUUAGUUUUUACACUUUAAAGUUGUGAAAUUUGGUGUUAUUUUUGAAAACCCAGAAUUUGAUUUUUGUGUUAUUUUAAGAGGUUGUCUGGGGUUUUGUUGUUGUUGGAUGUAGAAUUGUUUAGUUUUGAGGUAAAUUGUGGCUGUUUGAGAUUGGGGUUUUAAUGAAUAAUAAUAGUAGUAAUCCUGGAAGAAGUAUUGGGGUUCCGCCCUCGUUUGUGAAUUCUGUUGCAAAGGCACAAUCUAUGCACGUGAACCACCAAGCACCGCAGUUGCUAUCACAGUCACAACCUCAAACACAAGUUGGGCAUCCGGGCCACUUUCAGCUGUCCGAGCCGCAAGCUCAGGUCCUGGGACAUGCUCAGUAUGCACAGGCAGCUCAUGCUCACUUUCAAUCUCAGAUACAAUUGGCCAACCAAUCCAUUGCUCAGUUGCAAAAUGUCAAUUCUGGUAAUGUUGGUGUACAAUCACCUCCUGUAGCCACGCCUAGCAUUACUAGUGCUAAAAAGUCCAGCCAUAAACCGCCUUCAAGGCCUUCAGGUGGUUCAUCAAAUGCCAACAUGGCUUCACUGUUUAAGACCAUGGAGUUGACUCCAGCUGCUCAUAGGAAGAAAAGGAAGCUUCAUGAGAAGGAGAUACCUGAAAAAGUGGCAGCUCUUUUGCCAGAGUCUGCACUUUAUACCCAGCUGCUUGAAUUUGAGGCUAGAGCGGAUGCUGCUAUGGCAAGAAAGAAGAUGGAUAUUCAAGAGUCACUUAAAAACCCUCCACGUGUUCGGAAAACACUUCGGGUAUAUGUAUUUAACACUUUUGAAAAUCAGGUGCAAGGGGCUAACGAGAGGAAGAAUGCUGAGCCUCCUUCUUGGUCAUUAAAGAUCAUUGGGAGGAUAUUGGAAGAUGGGAAAGACCCUGUGCUGACUGGAAUGAUCCAGAAAUCAUAUCCAAAAUUCUCGUCUUAUUUCAAGAAAAUUACAAUAUACUUGGACCAGAGCCUGUAUCCAGAUAACCAUGUAAUUUUAUGGGAGAGCACACGGUCACCUGUUCUUCAUGAGGGCUUUGAGGUCAAGAGAAAAGGAAAUAAGGAAUUUACUGCAAGAAUUAGGCUGGAAAUGAAUUAUGUGCCUGAGAAAUUCAAGCUUUCACCUGCUCUUUCAGAAGUCCUUGGAAUUGAGAUAGAGACUCGCCCCAGAAUUUUGGCGGCAAUUUGGCAUUAUGUGAAGUCUAGGAAGUUGCAGAACCCAAAUGAUCCCUCCUUCUUCACAUGUGACCCCCUUCUUCAGAAACUAUUUGGGGAAGAGAAGAUGAAAUUUUCUCUGGUUUCACAGAAGAUAAGUCUGCAUUUAACCCCUCCACAGCCUAUUCAUUUGGAACAUAAGAUCAAGCUCUCAGGGAAUUUCCCAGCUGGAACUACUUGCUAUGAUUUCAUAGUCGAUGUUCCUUCACCAUUACAAAAGGACCUUGCUGCGUACUUGACCAGCACAGAGAGUAACAAAGAAAUUGAUGCUUGUGAUGAAUUAAUAAGUAACUCUAUACUGAAGAUACAUGAGCAUCGUCGGAGGCGGGCUUUCUUUCUUGGUUUCAGUCAGUCUCCAGCAGAGUUUAUUAAUGCUUUGAUUGCUUCUCAGAGCAAAGAUCUGAAGCUUGUCGCUGGAGAUGCUAGCCGCAAUGCAGAAAAAGAGCAGCGAUCUGGUUUCUAUAAUCAGCCAUGGGUGGAAGAUGCUGUUAUUCGUUACCUAAAUCGCAAGUCUACAGGAAGUGAUGCUCCUGGAAGCUCUUGAAUAAACGAUCCCCAGAUUGUCAAAAAGGUGGUAUGGAGUUCAAUUAUUGUGAUACCAUUUUGGUCUCCAGUUCCUUUUUGUUCUCUUGUAUUGAUUUAGUUUGUUUCUGCAGUUACGUAGAGGAGUCUUAGAUCCUAUUUCUUAGAGGCCUUAUGAUGGGAAUUCAUUGUCAGGUUGUGGCUCACAUGGUGGCUAUUUAUUAUGCUUCAUGAAGAAAUAUAUGAUAUCUUGUUACAUAGUAUUCAUAAA